GCUCCUUGAGGGCGGGGGAGCGUCCCAAACGGAAGGUGGUUGUUGUCAGUGCCUCAGGUUUGAAACUGGGGGUCGGGCACCACAGCCGUUGUCUGUAGCUGCGGGGCUCUCCCCCUCCCCCCCCCGCUACCGGUCCCUGCUGACCCCACCCUCCGCCCUCCCGUCCCACCUCCCAACCCCCAUCCCCACCCCGCCCCCCACCCCAGACCACCCGCUGGAGUCUCUCGGCUGGGUCCGGCCCGGCCUCUGUCCUCCGCUCCGGCUUUUCGGGCCCGGAGGGCGGCCCUGCUGCCGCCGCCAUGUCCCUGCACGGAAAGCGGAAGGAGAUCUACAAGUAUGAGGCACCAUGGACGGUCUACGCCAUGAACUGGAGCGUGCGGCCCGACAAGCGCUUCCGUCUGGCGCUGGGCAGUUUUGUGGAGGAGUACAACAACAAGGUCCAACUUGUAGGUUUAGAUGAGGAGAGUUCCGAAUUUAUUUGCAGAAAUACUUUUGACCAUCCUUACCCCACCACAAAGUUGAUGUGGAUCCCUGACACGAAAGGAGUCUACCCAGAUCUGUUGGCAACCAGUGGUGACUAUCUCCGUGUGUGGAGGGUUGGUGAAACAGAGACCAGACUAGAGUGUUUGCUAAACAAUAACAAGAACUCUGACUUCUGUGCUCCCUUGACCUCCUUUGACUGGAAUGAGGUAGAUCCUUAUCUCUUAGGUACCUCAAGCAUUGAUACAACCUGCACUAUCUGGGGUCUGGAGACUGGUCAGGUUCUAGGGAGAGUGAAUCUAGUAUCUGGCCAUGUGAAGACUCAGCUGAUAGCACAUGACAAAGAGGUCUAUGACAUUGCAUUUAGUCGGGCCGGGGGCGGCAGGGACAUGUUUGCUUCAGUGGGUGCAGAUGGUUCUGUGCGGAUGUUUGAUCUCCGCCACCUGGAACACAGUACCAUCAUUUAUGAAGACCCACAGCAUCACCCCCUGCUGCGUCUCUGCUGGAACAAGCAGGACCCUAACUAUCUAGCCACAAUGGCCAUGGAUGGAAUGGAGGUGGUAAUUUUGGAUGUACGAGUUCCCUGCACUCCUGUUGCCAGGUUAAACAACCACCGAGCAUGUGUCAAUGGCAUUGCCUGGGCCCCACAUUCAUCUUGCCACAUCUGUACUGCAGCGGAUGACCAUCAGGCUCUCAUCUGGGAUAUCCAGCAAAUGCCCCGAGCCAUUGAGGACCCUAUCUUAGCCUACACGGCAGAAGGUGAAAUCAACAAUGUACAGUGGGCAUCAACUCAGCCUGACUGGAUAGCCAUCUGCUACAACAACUGUCUGGAGAUACUGAGAGUUUAAUGCUGUUGGGAGUCCAUGCCGAAGAGGCAGGAGCUAUGUUUUCUGCCCUAUCCCUAUCCCCAAAGUAAGAACAAGUUUCCAGUGGCCAGUAUGUCUUUUGUUGCUUUGCAUCCACUGUUCCCAGAAGCUGCUCUAGGAGUUUCUUGCCAGUCUCCCCGUUGCCUGUGCUGGACUCAGAACACAGUGAUGUGUGGAGCCUCCUUGGCCUCUGAGGUUGGGUUUCUUCUUCUCCCCUAUUCUCCCUUGUUUUCUCGAUUAAAAAUUUCUGUAUAUUUGUUUGUCAGCUGUUGUGUUAAUGAGCAUUAUAAGCACUAGCUGUGUUUGUGUUAAUCUACUGCAUAUAUCUGUAUCUGUCAGCUGCCUGAAGCAGCAAAUCCAGUUCACUUGUUAGCUCUUAAAUGGAAAGAAAAUAUCGAUUUUUGAAGGAGUCUCUCCUUUUGUCAUUUGCUGUCUUUAAUACAUUUCAAGUUUGUAUUUUUUUUAAUCUGUUGACUGAGUUUUUAUGAAAUGAAUUUUCUCUUCCUAAUUCUUCCUUUGUUAUUGAGUCCUUUCUGUUUCUGCUCUGCCCUCUGCCUUGCAGGGUCCACAACUGGGCCUGGUCUGCUGAGCUUAUUGGACAGCUUCCAUCCUUUGUUGGGUUAUUGCCUGAGCUAUAUGAAUCUGGCCUGAAUGAACUUAUUGAUCUGAUUUGUCACACCUUUGUCUUAACUUGGUUCUGCCCAAGCAAGGGAUACCUGCCUCCAAAAAAGAUGACAUGAGGUUUUGUGUUCCAAAUUGAAGUAGUACCUUCAUGCUGUCUUACCUGGUACCUAAGAAAAUGGUACUAGGGCUUGGGCAGAUAGGCUGUCUGUCGGAGCCCAGCCCCUAAGGCAGUGGUGUCAAAUUUAAAUAGAAAUAGGGGCUACUGAUCUGCAUAAGGAUCCCUGUGGGCUGUGUGUAUGGACAGUGUGUAUGUAGUUUUAAAAUGUAAUGUUAUCUGUGUUUUGUUGUAUUUUUAUUUGUUAGAUAUUUCUCAAUUACAUUUUAAUUUGGUUUGGGCCAUCUAGGCCAUCUAAGCCAUCUAGGCCGUGUGUUUGACACCUCUGCUGUCAGGGGAAUGUUGUCAGUAAAACAACAACAACAAAAAAAAGAAAAACUAAGUUCAAGGUAGAUUUCCAGUUUGGAAAAUUCCAUGAAUUCCAAUAGUGUCAUAAUGUUGUUUCCUGCUGGGAUACAUACCCCAAAGCUUUCCAUUUUCUAUCUUGUUUGAUUGACAAGAAUAAUCUCUUAAGUCAGACUUAAUUCUUUCUUUCCGUUUAAUUUAAUGUGGCAUAUAAUGUGCUGUGUUGGCAGCUUUGGAGACUGAAUCCUACAGGAGAUGAAGUUCCUUAUUGAAAAUAACAUGGUCCUGCACUUUAAUCCAUUAAUAAGGUCUUCUAUGAGAGAUAGUCUAAUUAGUUAAUCCACACUUCACUUGAAGUCCCAAUCCACUAAGAAAAUCAGUAGUUAGUAGAAUCUUAGACACCAGUAUCCUCCCCCACCCUACUGAGCAUCUGGGAAGUAUUAUGGUUUGUAAGCUGCAAGUAUUGGUUUCUAGUCAUGGAGUUUGUACCACAGAAUGAGGAUUAUGUGGGACUCUCCUGUUGAAAGAUUCCGGGGGGAGGGGGGAGGAUGGAUUUGUUUUACAGUUUUGGAGAACUUCAGAGAAGAGUUUGAGGAGUUACCCACAGACUGCCGUCUGGAAAUAGCAGUCAGUAUUUGAACUUUUGAGUUCUCGUUCACUCCUGCUUUUCUGUCAUCAUUUGCUACUGAAAAAAUUAAACAGCUCACUUUGCUCUAUAGGACAUUUAGAGACUCUUGAUAGAACCUUCAUAUUCAGAGGCAGUUGUGGAUAUAAUGUAAAGGGCAUAGUUGAUUUUCUUUACUACAGAUAGACUUGUUAAAAGAAAGAUUCCUUUGAGUUCUGGGAAUUGUACAGUACUACUCUCCCUAAGGUCAUAUUUAAUUCCUGAUUUUCUGGCUCCUUAUACAUAAAAUUCUCUUCCACAUUCAUUCCUAGGUUUGUGUUCAGAUCACCUGAGUUUGGGAUAAACAAUUCUUUCCAAAAUCCUCUUUACAUCUAACUUGUAAUAUUUUGAUGGUGAUGAUAAUGAUGAGGAGGAAGUCAGAUUUUACUUAAGACCUUGAAUUCUGAUUGAUCUUGUUUGCUUUGUGUUGCCCAGUCUUGGAGGUAGUCAGUACCUUCCAAUGGGAAUGUGACUAAAAUGGAACCCAGUGUUGCAGGUGUCUGCUGCGUGAUUGUGCUAAAUACAAGGAAAGAAGGUACCUGACUUAGCUGAGCUCUGGAUUAAGAUUCCUUACCCUACCUCAACUUAUACCUAGAAUUGUUGAUGAGAAGAUUUGGUGGUAACUAGAAGCCAAAAGAAACACAGGUUAAAAGUGAAUAACAAGGAAUAUAUUUGAACAAAGGUGGUUACACUUUUUAAAGCCAAGAACUAUUUUUUUAAUUGAUAUUCUGUCCUCCAUACUCAUUCUUGCGCCAAACCCAGGAUAUCAUUAUUCCAUUUUAGCAGUCCUUCUAGUCUUCCUACCAUUGUGGCCCACUAUUUCUACACCACCCCAGGUUCCUUCUUGCUACAGUGUACCACCAUUUGGCUGGUAUUUGGGAGUCUCUCUUGGCUUUACAAACAUGCCUCUCUCAGGUCUGGUUUCCUUCCCUUCUGUUCAGAAGAACACUUUUCUUCUCUCUUUUUCUAUCCCUUCUCUCCUAUCCCCAAAAUACAGUGUCCCAAAAGACUUAGUUCAUUUAAAAAGCUUCAGUAUCUUAGAAACGCAUGAAGACUUUUGGAACAUCCUGUAUAAUAAUGAGAACAUCCUUUUUUUUUUUCCAAAUAAGCAAAACGUAAAGGUCAGAGACUUUUUGCCAGGGAGGGUAGGCCUUAAAGCACUAUUUUAUUUAUUUUUGGCAGUGUGGAAAGCCACUGUUUGCCUAAAAGCUGUGUAUCCCUAGUGUGGAUUAAUUUCAGUUAGAGCCUGGUACAGACUAAAAAAGUUUCAUCACUUUUCCUGUGCCUCAUCUCAAUCCCUUUAUUCAGUUCUAUGAAGCAAUUAUCAGCCAGUAAGUAGACCAAACCUUACUCUAACAGUGGUGAUGCUAUUUUUGCUGGAAUCCAAGCAACCUUUUCCAUACAGCCUGUUAACUCUGUUUUCAAAAUGUCUUCCAUCAGAUUUCCCAAUGAACUCCUGACAGCAGCCAAUAUUAAACUACCUGGGAAAGAUACAAGUCACAGAUAUUGUAACUAGGUAGAUGGAUUUGCUCUUCCUGACCUCCAGAAAUCUGCUUUGACUUUGCAAUUCAAAUUUAAAGCUUUACAUCACCCCACCCUGCCAAAAUCAGUAGGUCCCUCAAUUACAUCCUAUCCUCGUGUUUCCCUCCUAACUCAAUCAAGUUGGACCUUUCCUUCAACGGCUGAUUUUUUUUUUCUCUACUCCUUUGUGUAUCUGUACAACAGAAACUCUAGAAUUUAUUUAAUGACACCUCCAGGGUCUAAAGUUAGCUUAGCUCAGUAGGUUUGCACUCUUACAUGUUCAAGUUUUUACUCUACUUCCCCCUAGAUUUUCCACUGCAUUGUUGUAGUACAUCAUGGUCUCAAAGAUCUGAUGCUAUUGCUAGUAAAAUCUAGGACUUUUUAUAACCUCUAAUCUUAGAAAUACUAUUUCUUAUUUUUUUAGUUAACAUGUUCUAUGAACAGGAUUAGGCCAAUGUUUUGUUCUUAGGAAAGACAAUGAGAAAGACUGGCUUUCUGCAAUAUCAGAAUAAACAAAUUCAUAUUGACUUCAUUUGGCCACACAAGUUGAUAGUUGUCAACUGGGAAAAAUGAGCUAGUUAGCUUUGGGCUCACCCAGUUUUGAAAUAUGUUGUCUGAAGUCUAAUCCUUCUAGAUUGUUAUGAUAAGGAAUGAAAUCAGCUCUGAGCUGAGGUUUUUUUAUGUUACUCCUGGUCCGUUACUGUACAAAGUUCUCAGAUCUGGCAAGAGAAGCAGGUAGUGAAUAGAAACAAACACAAAUCUUUAAAGGUUUUUGAAUGUUUCUACUAGUUUAGAAAUUAGGUAGAGAAUCUAAUCAUUUUUAUUCAGAGUAACUUUCCUUCAAGCAUAGGGCUUCAAGGGAUAUAUAUGUCCUGUCUUGGUGGCAAUUUGUUCCAUUAAAUUCUUAGUUUUCAAAGGGCUUGGGAACAGACCUUAGGAAGGAACAGAGUAGAAUAGUCCCAGAAAUUGUGGUUGUUUUAAUUAUUGUAAGGGGUCUUCAGAGUAUUAGAGACUGCCAGAAUACAUGUGUGUGUGUGUGUGUUUGUGUGUGUGUGUGUGUAUGUUGAUAUGAGGGGAAUUUAAGGGAAAAAAUGGCUAGAAUGGACAAGUUUUCAGGUGUUCGGUGAGUUUUUUUUUUAUCCUCCAGAUAUUUUCAUGUUUAGAUGGAGGUGAUGAGUAUUCCACUCCUACUGUUCUAGUCAGUCUUCACUGACCUUUAGCUUUUGGGAGCCUUGCCUUUGGGUAGAAUAUGCUGACUUAGAGGUGACAUUUAGUGGGUAAACUUCUAUUUACUUUUCCCCAAACCAUGGCUUCCCUCUGUCAUGGGGAGGAGAGAUUGCACACUGUUGCAUGAUUCAUGUCUUCCUUUCUAGCCCUUCCGCUGUCAACCCUUCCCUGUACAUAUAUACCGUUUCCUUCUCUAGGAUCCUCUAUUUUAACUUAAACUUUGAAUUUCUGUGUUCACUUAAUAACUUCUUCCUUGUUUGUCUGGGAAGAGAUGAAUUAACGAGUGGUCAUUGUAGUGUUAAGCACACACUGGAGACACCAGUCUAAUACCACUUCCCCUUUAGUCUUCUGCCCUGUUACUUUGAAAGUAUAGCAUGUGGCAUCUUUUUCUAGGGAUGUCUAAUUUGAAGGACCUUUGGAGAAAGUUUAGAAAGCAGAGCUGAUCUUCUCUGCAUUGACUCUUUGGUAUUGGGGGGAGGGGAGUGUUGAGGGGGUAGGUACUUAAAAGUGGAUUUUCCCCAGGAGAAAGCCUGUUUUGAACAAUAGUCAGUGAAACACAAGAGGCUGUUUGCCUUCCCUUGCCCAGCUACCUCCUUAGCUGACUGUGACCAGUCCAAAUUGUUGUCUUUCUGCGGUGAAAAUAACCCAAUGAUAUCCUUUGCUUGAUCAGCCUCCCUAUAUCCCCAUACUUUCCCUUUUCCCCUAGCUGCUAUAAAGUUUGAUGGUUGGUCAUUGCAGCCACAAGGGAAGGGAUUAUGGGCCUUUAGGUUGUUUCCUGGGUGUGGUCUUUAAAUAAGAAAACAUACAGGUGACCUCUGAGAGAGAGGCUUAGACUGAUGCAUGACACCAGAAUGAGAAGACACUAAAAAACAAAGAGAAAAGCUGUUAUAGUGGGCAAAACGGAAGUGAUGAAUAGAACAUCCUUUGGGAAAACCUGGUGAAUAUGAACUCAUGAUACAUUAUUUAAAAGGAACUUUUCUGCUUGAGUUGCUAGCAUGUAAAGUAUAUUGAUUGAAAUUGCUGAGCUGAAGCUUUGAAUUAUUUUAGUCGAGGAGACAUUUACUUUGGUUUCCUUGUAUCCUUUUCUGCCAUAUAACCCUUUUGUGAGAUGAUCCUUUCCAUUUUCCCAGAGUGAAUAUGGAGCAUGACUGUACAAACCUCUUCACAGAAGAUGCAGAUUUCCUGUUCUCUAAAGUAGGCUAAGCAAUAGUGACUGGACUUCUCUCCCUUUUAGUCUAGUUUGUCUGCAUACUUUUUUUAUGUGUUUAUAUUUUACAGUUUAAACUAUAGUGUAGUUUUGUGGCACCCUGUGGUCAGGUAGAAAGGAAGUUUGCUUCAUCUCCCCCUAUAAUGUUCAUUUACCAAUACAUUAUUUUUUUACAGGAAUUGAUCAUAUAUAGAAUUUUGUGAUAACCAAUUUUAACACUCCACAGUGGAACCACAUUACUGAAGUUCCAUACAUUUUAGGCAGUUUUGAAGGUAACUUACAGUGCAGUGUUACACCUCUAACUUUAUAAUUUUCUGUAUCUUCAGUAGGUUAUUCAGAUUUCUAACCUUUUUAUUCUAAGUUUCAGCCGCCUCUGUAAGAAGUACAGUAUUAUCUGCCUUUCAUACUUUGUAAUAAAACUUGAACAUUUGUAGAUUAAUUGCA